GAUAGAUAGAUAGAUAGAUAGAUAGAUAGAUAGAUAGAUAGAUAGAUAGAUAGAUAGAUAGAUAGAUAGAUAGAUAGAUAGAUAGAUAGAUAGAUAGGGCCUUGUCUCUAUGCCGUGUGAUACAAUGAGGCGUGAGUUGCGUGAUACGUGUCUCUGGUCUUGUCAGUGCUGUCAGAUCAGUUGUACCCACAGCUUCAUAUCUCUGUGCUGUGGUCUCUCCGCUCUGAUUCGACCAUGAAGAGCCAGUAACACGACACUGAGAGAGAAGCACACUGAGCUGCCAGUCAGUCUGAGGAAGGAAUGACAAGCUGUGGAGCCCUGGACAGAUUCAGGUGAGUGCAAGAGGAAAGGCGCUAUAGGAGGUGUGUGUCGUCUUGCUCAUGCAAUAACAGUAUCAUGGCAGCCUUCAAGGGUGUGUGGACUCAAGAAUUCUGGCGAGCGGUUUCGGGGGAGUUUUUAGCCAUGAUAAUAUUCGUGCUGCUCAGUUUGGGAUCCACCAUCAACUGGGCAGCGACACAGGAGAACCCUCCGCCUGCCGACCUCGUCCUCAUCUCCCUCUGCUUUGGUUUAUCCAUCGCAACCCUCGUCCAGUGUUUUGGGCACAUCAGCGGUGCCCACAUCAACCCUGCCGUCACCGCAGCAAUGGUUGCCACGCGGAAGCUGAGUUUGGCAAAGGGUGUGUUUUAUUUGUUGGCACAGUGUUUGGGGGCGGUGGUGGGGGCGGCCAUCUUGUAUGGAGUGACGCCAGCAUCAGUGAGAGGAGGAAUGGGAGUGACUUCUGUCAAUGCCGAAAUCUCCACUGGUCAUGCGAUUGUGAUCGAGCUCAUAAUCACUUUUGAGCUCGUCUUCACCGUGUUUGCCACCUGUGACUCCAAACGCAAUGAUCUCAAAGGUUCGUCGGCCCUGGCGAUCGGUCUGUCGGUGUGCAUCGGCCAUCUGUUCGCUAUCCCAUACACUGGAGCCAGUAUGAAUCCAGCUCGCUCUUUUGGGCCUGCGGUCAUCAUGGCAAAAUGGCAGGACCAUUGGGUGUACUGGGUAGGCCCUUUAAUAGGGGGCAUAAUGGCAGCAGCUGUGUACGAAUAUCUGUUCUGUCCCGACCCUGACCUGAAGCGCCGCUACGCUGACGUCCUCUCCAAGAGCCCUUUCCAGAUCGACCCGUAUCGGGUGGUGGACGCAGAUUCAUACCCCAGCGAUCAGGCUCAGCUCAUGGCCAAGCAGGCGGCCAUCAGAGUGCUGGACCUGGAGAGGGCAGAGAAGAAGGAGAGAGAGUCGGCUGGAGAGGUGCUAUCGUCUGUAUGACUAGUGAGAGGCACUGAGCAGGAACAGCACAACACUCGCAGCAUUAAUGAGCUCAAAGAGACCGAUCUGAUCUAGAGUCGCACUGUGUGUUUGUGCACAGAUCCUCUACGGAAUGACUCGCAACACUUGACUUUAAUCAUUAAGAAUGAGCUACAAACCGCCUAAUGGUCUCGCUUUAAAUGCUCUUCCUUGUAUGCCAGUCACAGGCCAUAGAUCUCAUAUCCAAUAGAAUCCACUUUGAAGAUUUUAGUCAGUCACUGAACAUCCUUUAGCAGAUGCACCCCAUCAACUGCUGAAUCAAUAACUAAAUGGGACUCUCACAUCUAAGCAAAUGUAACGCUUUUGUUUGGUCUACGGGUUAUUACCUGGCAAUCAGGGUUGAGAUUAGAUCAUCACCAUAGUAAUGCAGAUCAUUUUCCUUCUCAGUGCACUCUCUGUGAAUUAACCCUUUCUCUCCUCAUCUCCUUCUCCCUUUCAAAUCUAAUGUCAUUUAGAGUACUUUUUACAGUUUGUUUUUUUUCUUUAGGUUAUGAACGUUGUAUCUUUCAACGCUGCUGUCAGAAAUCAUACAGUUACAAUCCCUGAAUGGGUUUUAUUUUCUAUUUCAGUUGAAAUGCUUACUUUAUUUCUUUCUUCACUUUCUCCAUUUUAAAUCUAAUAUUGCAGUGAGUAUUUUUAUAUUUUAUGUUAGUCUUUAAUGCUAUUAAUGAUUUUUUUUUUUAAGUGCAAUAAUAUCUAUGAUUUUAUUUGUUAAAAUUACACACAUGUCCUUCCACCUUUUGUUAUUCUCAUGCACUCUGGAAAUCAUGUAAUCAUUGAAAAAAUGCUACUAGUGUAAUGUUUUAAAUUAAUGUUUCAUUUAUGUUCAGGUUUUAUUUAUAUACACUGU